AUAAAUCGUAAACCCCAAAACCCAAAGCCAAGCCAGAGAGAUUCUGCAAGACGAGGAAGAAAGUGUGGGAAUCUCUACUUUUGGUAAAGUUUCAUCGCAAGUAAUGGAAGAUAGCAGCUCCACGGCGAGUAAUGUGGCCCGAGCUAUUCUCGCCGUCGUCGAUUAUAGCUCCACGUCCGACACUCGCAAAUCGGCGGUCGAAUUCCUGGAUUCUAUCAAAUCUGGAGAUGUCAGGGUUUUGGCAAAUACUUCUUUUCAUCUUGUGAAAAAAGAGUGGUCUUCAGAAAUUCGUCUCCAUGCUUUUAAGAUGCUACAGCAUUUGGUUAGACUACGAUGGGACGAAUUAAGUCCUCCGGAGUGCAGGGAUCUUGUUAAUGUUUCUGUCGAACUAAUGUCAGAGGUUGCUAAUGCAUGCGAGAAUUGGCCUCUUAAGAGUCAGUCUGCUGCCCUUGUAGCUGAGAUAGUUAGAAGAGAAGGCCCUGAUGUUUGGCAAAAGAUAUUUACUUUAUUAACUUCAUUGUCUGCUCAGGGCCCCUUACAAGCUGAAUUGGUCUUGAUGACGCUGAGAUGGCUUCCUGAAGAUAUUACAAUUUACAAUGACGACUUAGAAGGUGACAGGCGUAGGCUACUGUUGCGGGGACUUACUCAAUCUCUGCCUGAGAUUUUGCCUUUAUUGUAUAAUCUUCUUGAGAGACACUUUGGAGCUGCAAUGAGUGAAGCUGGUAGGCAGCAGUAUGACUUGGCAAAACAGCAUGCAGAUGUGGUUAUAGCUUGCUUGAAUGCCAUUAUUGCAUACACUGAGUGGGCUCCUGUUCCAGAUCUUGCCAGAUAUGGAAUUCUUAGUGGGUGCAGCUUCUUACUUUCUUCUCCUGACUUCCGUCUUCAUGCUUGUGAGGUUUUCAAACUCGUCUGCUCAAGAAAAAGACCCAGUGAUGCUUCUAAUGCAGAGUUCGAUUCUGCAAUUAGCAAUUUGUUUCAGAUCCUGACGAAUGCCUCGAGAGAAUUAUUAUGUAGAUCCUCCUCAAGUUCUAGCGUUAUAGAUGAAAAUGAUUAUGAUUUUGCUGUAUGCUUGUGUGAGAGUAUGGCCUCUUUAGGCUCAACUAACUUGCAAUGCAUCUCUUCUGAUGGUGGUGUUAUGGCUGUUUAUCUUCAGCAGAUGCUUGGCUUUUUCCAACACUUCAAGUUGGGCCUUCACUUCGAGGCACUUCUCUUUUGGCUGUCAUUGAUGCGGGAUUUACUUCCAAAGCCUAAGGCUGCGGCUUAUCCAAGUGGUGGGGGAUCAUCAACUGGCGGUGUAGAUAGUUCAAGCCAGGUUGAUAGUGAAAAGAAAAAGACUUUAAGUCUUAUUAAUGAUGACAUCUCUAGCGUUAUACUGGAUGUAUCUUUCCAGCGGAUGCUCAAGAAAGAAAAAGUUCCUACUGGAAUUGCUCUUUCGCUUGGGCCCCUAGAACUCUGGAGUGAUGAAUUUGAAGGGAAGGGAGACUUUGGCCCGUACCGAUCAAAGCUUCUAGAAUUGAUCAAGCUUACUGCUUCUCACAAGCCUCUCAUCUCCAGUACCAAAAUAUCUGAAAGGGUGAUUACACUCAUUAAGCACCUAUUGGCUUCUCCAGCACCUCUUCAGGAUGUAGCAGUGAUGGACAGCCAGCAGUUAGCACUUGACUGUAUUGUGGCAACGCUUUUUGAUGGAUCAAAUGAGUUUGCUGGUGGAAGUUCUGAAGUUCAUUAUGCAUUACGUGGAAUAUUUGAGGGAUUGCUUCAGCAGCUUCUCUCUUUGAAAUGGAAUGAACCAGAACUUAUGAAAGUGCAUGUGCACUAUCUGGAUGCAAUGGGUCCCUUUCUCAAGUAUUUUCCAGAUGCAGUUGGAAGUGUCAUCAAUAAAUUAUUUGAGCUUCUCACCUCUCUUCCACACGUUGUGAAGGAUCCAGCUACUAGUACAUCUAGAGCUGCAAGAUUGCAGAUUUGCACAUCUUUCAUAAGAAUAGCCAAAGCUGCAGAGAAAAGUGUUCUGCCUCACAUGAAGGGUAUUGCUGAUACAAUGGGGUAUUUGACAAAAAAAGGAACUUUACUCCGUGGGGAGCAUAACAUUCUGGGUGAAGCAUUUCUUGUUAUGGCUUCCUCAGCAGGAGCUCAACAGCAGCAAGAAGUUCUAGCUUGGUUAUUGGAACCAUUGAGUCAACAGUGGAUCCAACCAGAGUGGCAGAACAAUUAUCUAUCAGACCCGAUGGGUCUUGUUCGUUUAUGCUCCAACACAUCCUUCAUGUGGUCCAUAUUCCACACUGUUACAUUCUUUGAGAAAGCACUCAAGCGAAGUGGAUACAGAAAAAGCAAUUUGAACACGACCUCUGUGACAACUCCAGCUUCACAUCCUAUGGCUCAUCAUCUUUCUUGGAUGUUGCCACCCCUCUUAAAACUACUCCGUGUUCUUCAUUCCCUUUGGUCUCCCUCUGUAUUUCAAACAUUACCCCCAGAACUGAGGGCAGCAAUGACAAUGACUGAUGCUGAGCGAUGCAGUCUCCUUGGUGAAGCAAAUCCUAAAUUGUCAAAAGGUACAUCGGUUUAUGCUGAUGGGUCAUUCGAUGGAAAUAAGGAAGGACAGGUCGAGGCAAGUGAAUCUGAUAUACGAAAUUGGUUGAAAGGUAUCCGAGAUUGUGGAUACAACGUGUUGGGCCUAUCAACAACCAUCGGAGAGACAUUCUUUAAAUGCUUAGAUCCUAACUAUGUUGCGAUGGCACUCAUGGAAAAUUUGCAGUCGAUGGAAUUCAGGCACAUUCGGCUGUUCAUUCAUACGUUUAUAACUUAUAUAGUCAAAUCUUGUCCGGCGGAUAUGUGGGAGUCAUGGCUCGGAGUGCUUCUGCACCCAUUGUUUAUUCACUGUCAGCAAGCUCUCAGCUCCGCCUGGCCCGGUCUUCUACAAGAGGGCAGAGCAAAGGUUCCGGACUUGUUUGGCAUACAAAGUGGAUCAGACAUGAAACUUGAAGUGAUGGAGGAAAAACUGUUAAGAGAUUUAACUCGGGAGAUUGCGACUCUCUUUUCAACAAUGGCUUCUCCUGGACUAAACACAGGAGUUCCAGUUUUGGAACAUUCAGGACAUGUGGGUCGUGUGGACAUGUCUACUCUCACGGAUUUGCAUGCGUUCAGAUCCAACUCUAUGGUGGGUUUCCUCCUGAAUCACAAAAGCGUAGCUCUACCAGCACUGCAGAUAUGUUUAGAAACCUUUACCUGGACAGAUGGAGAAGCGACCACCAAAGUCUGUUACUUUUGUGGUGUUGUUGUUCUUCUAGCUAAACUAACAAAUAACGUGGAGCUCCGAGAAUUUGUUUCAAAAGAUAUGUUCUCUGCAGUCAUCCGCGGCUUAGGCAUGGAGUCCAAUGCCAUUAACAGCCCUGAUUUAGUUAAUAUAUGCCGUGAAAUAUUUAUCUAUCUCUCUGACAGAGACCCAGCUCCUCGCCAGGUUUUGCUUUCGCUCCCGUGUCUCACUCCCAACGACUUGCAUGCUUUUGAAGAAGCUGCAGCCAAAACUACCAGCCCCAAAGAACAAAAGCAGCUUAUGAGGAGCUUGUUGUUGUUAGGUACUGGGAACAACUUAAAAGCACUUGCUGCUCAAAAAAAUCUGAAUGUUAUCACCAAUGUCACAGCAAGAUCGCGGCUACCCGCAAGCGCUUCAGAAACAAUUGGAGCGGGUGUUUUGUGGGAGGAAGAGCUCUUACAAUGAUUAAAGAGUUGUACAGAGUAUAAAUAGAGUUUAUUUGAGAUGCCAUGUAAUAGUAGAGAAGCAGGUUUCUGUUUAUGUCCUUACCUUAAUACCUUUACUUGUUAAAUUCAUAGGUAGAAAGAAGGAACCUCUUACCAAAGCUUCCAUGUGAUAAGCAAAGUUUUUGUAAUUUCGAUUUUGCUCUUUAUCAGUAUUAUUUAAUCAA